UGCACAGUUGUGAGUUGUGUGUAAGCUACUGGAUUACAUGUAGCUCGGUGAUGUUGGUCAUUUAAAUGAAGAAGAUAAUUCCACCAGAAGAAGAAGAAUCAGUUUGUCAGAGGAGGAUGUCUGUGUCGGGGAAGAAGGAAUUUGAUGUAAAGCAGAUCCUCAGGCUUCGCUGGCGCUGGUUCAGUCAUUCAUCCCAAGGUUCUGCUGGUGGCGGAGGUGGUGGCGUUGGCGGGGUGGGAGGCUACAUCCAACAGGAUGGCCUGGACCACAGAGGGACGCCUACCCAGGGUCGGUUGAAGAGUCACUCACGGGAAAGAGGUGUUGGAGGGCUACGGAAGACUAACAGCCCGGUCCACAGCAUCUUGGCACCAACGCCAGGGCCCACGCCUGUCUAUGUCAGAGCGGGGCAUCAAUCAUGGCACCAUCAACAGAACACCAUCCAGGGUCUCCAGGUCAAUGAGGAGACUUCAAAGAGCAGUUCCUCACCCAGUGCCACAAGGAAAGAGGACACCAACACUGGCCAGGAAGAUGUGAAGAGCAGCACAGAGGAACCUGCAGAGGUGGAGGCCAGAGAGAGGUUGGCUCUGAGCACCUUCUCCAGAAUGAACACCAACUCCUCAGAUGAGUUUUUCCAGGCCACAAAUCAUGCAGAGCAGACUUUCCGUAAGAUGGAGACCUACCUCCAGCACAAGCAGCUGUGUGAUGUCCUCUUGAUAGCAGGGGAUCACAAGAUACCAGCUCACAGACUGGUCCUGAGUGCUGUGUCAGACUACUUUGCUGCUAUGUUCACCAGCGAUGUGAGAGAGGCAAAGCAGGAGGAGAUCAAGAUGGAGGGAGUGGAUCCAGAGGCCCUCAGAUCCCUCGUUCAUUUUGCCUACACUGGUGUCCUUGAGCUGAAAGAGGAGACCAUUGAGAGUUUAUUGGCAGCAGCUUGUCUCCUCCAGCUUUCACAAGUCAUCCAGGUUUGCUGUAACUUUCUGAUGAAACAGCUUCAUCCCUCCAACUGCCUGGGAAUACGCUCAUUUGCAGAUGCCCAGGGCUGCGUGGACCUGCUCAAUGUGGCUCAUAACUACACUAUGGAACACUUCCUGGAGGUCAUUCAGAACCAGGAGUUCCUGCUCCUCCCCACAGCUGAGAUUGUGAAGCUGCUCUCCAGCGAUGACAUCAACGUUCCCGACGAGGAAACCAUCUUCCAGGCUUUGAUGAUGUGGGUACGGUAUGAUGUCCAGCAUCGGCAACAGGACCUCGGGGUGCUUCUCGCCUACAUCCGUCUGCCUCUUCUUCCUCCACAGCUCCUUGCAGAUCUGGAAAACAACAAGAUGUUCUCUGAUGAUCUGGAAUGCCAAAAGCUGCUGAUGGAGGCCAUGAAGUACCAUCUUCUGCCUGAGCGACGUCCCAUGUUUCAGAGCCCUAGAACCAAACCUAGAAAGUCCACUGUGGGUGCACUUUACGCUGUCGGCGGGAUGGAUGCCACCAAAGGAUCUACCACCAUAGAAAAGUAUGACCUGCGGACAAACACUUGGGUCCAGGUUGGUGUCAUGAAUGGACGCCGGCUGCAGUUUGGUGUGGCGGUGAUAGACAACAAGCUGUAUGUGGUGGGAGGGAGAGAUGGACUCAAGACGUCCAACAUGGUGGAGUGCUACAAUCCAAUCAAUAAAGUAUGGUCCACCAUGCCACCCAUGUCAACACAUAGACACGGACUUGGUAUUGCUGUGCUGGAAGGCCCCAUGUAUGCUGUCGGCGGCCAUGAUGGCUGGAGCUAUCUCAACACAGUGGAACGCUGGGACCCGCAGGCCAGGCAAUGGAACUAUGUGGCCAGUAUGUCGACACCACGGAGCACCAUGGGAGUCACAGCACUCAAUGGAAAACUGUUUGCAGUAGGUGGUCGGGACGGCAGCUCAUGCCUGAGGUCGAUGGAGUGCUUCGAUCCGCACACCAACAAGUGGAGCAUGUGUGCUCCCAUGGCCAAGAGGCGAGGAGGAGUGGGUGUGGCAACGUAUAACAACUUCCUGUAUGCUGUAGGCGGACACGACGCUCCCGCUUCCAACCACUGUUCUAGACUCUCCGAUUGUGUUGAGAGGUACGAUCCAAAGACAGACAUGUGGACCACCGUGUCCUCUCUCAGUGUUCCCCGGGAUGCAGUGGGAGUAUGCCUGCUGGGCGACAGGCUGUAUGCUGUGGGUGGAUAUGAUGGGCAGUCGUAUCUGAGCACUGUUGAAUCCUACGAUGCACAGAACAAUGAGUGGACUGAGGAGGUCCCUCUCAACAUUGGCAGGGCAGGCGCCUGUGUGGUUGUGGUGAAAUUGCCUUGAGCGUUUUGUCUCAUGACAGCACGGGAAACAAAUGAGAGAGCUGCGAAGAAAAGUGGACAAACAAAACAACAGAUCGAGGACACAUCCUUCGAGAGUCAUGUUUUUAUUUUUUUUUUUCCUUUAACUCUGCUCUACAGAUUUUUCAGAGGGAAACACAGACAGAGCCUUGCCCAUAAAGCAUUGUUUCUAUCAUUAGUGGACAUGUCUGCCCACUGGGGACGACUUGUUCAGAAACUGGAAUGCACUGCACAUUCUCCACAUUCUCAACCGAUCAAGAAUUUUCAUACACUUGGCUAAGCUGUAGCAAAUCAGUGCCAAGCCUUUGUUGUACUGAUUUGUUAUACUAGUUUUAUGAAAACUUCUGUCUAUGUCUGUAAAAUUAAAUUUAAAAGUUACAUUUUGAGUAAACAAGCCUAACUCCAGGUUAGCUUACAUUUAUACACAAACAUUUCCUAUCAGUGCCAUCACAUACAGUAUAUUUUUUGGGUUUAUAUUUCCCUUUAUAGCCACUCAAAUGAAAAUUGUUAUAAUGAAUAAAUGUAACUAUAUACCAGUGUCAGAACAGAUUCUUACUCUUUAAUGAAGAAGACUGCUAUGACACUGAGGCUAAUGAGUUUGUCCAGGCUGGUUAGGAGUUCGGGAGUGAAAUCAAACUUUUUGCUGAGUAAUAUAUUUGGACAUUUUCUUGAGUACUUUUUUUAUUGAGCCUGUAGCUACAGAACACCAAAGUCAUUUGCUUGUCUUGUUACGCAUUAAAUAAAGGUUUACAAAAUUGUGAAUUACAGAAAAUAUAUCAUAUUGAUAUUUCACAUGGCUGUACAGAUUUUUGUGAACUUUCUGAAACUACAUUUGUGUUGUAAGAAUCAUGCCUAAACCAGUGCACUGGUGACUGCAGUUGUUAUUAUUCUUUUGGCUUUAUUUCAAAGGCAUGCUAGCUGAGCUAAAAUUUAUUUGAUUUAUACAAUAUUGUAUAUCAAGAUCAUUGUCUCUACUGUAUUUUAAAGGCUUUAAUGCCUUCCUGGAAAGAAACAGCAAACUAAGUGGCGCAAGCUGCACCCAAACCACCAACUGUAACUGAGAGAAGUUCUAUUUUACAUUUUUAAAUUUCCACAGCAUUUCUCUAAUGUGACUCUGAUUAGAAUUUUUAGAUUUGUAGUCAGCUGUUCGGCUGCCCAUAAAAGUUAACAUUACUAACGUCUUCACAAUGAGAACUAUUUGUAAUUGUAAUCCUAACAUGUUUUGGGGGUCAAAUCUUACUUUUUAUGUUUUUAUCAUAAUUUUGUACAGCAUGCAAACCUCUAAAUGAAAAGACUUCAGUCUUCUCUGCAUGAUCAAAUCCAUGUUUAGAGCUGAAUGUGGCCCCUCAGCGGGCAGAUUUUGAUUUCUCUUGUUCUGCUUUAAGUAAACUAAACUCAUUCUUUCACUAAA